CUUCUUCACUCCUCCAUGAUGAUGGUAAAAAGUUUUCAUACCAUUCAGGCUUCAAAACAUUUUUUAUAACCAAAAAGUUAUAGAAUUUUUAAAAUUAAUUUUUGUCAUUAUAAUCUAAAUUAAAUUUGUUGUCAUUUCUAGAUAGUAAAGUUUUUUGACAUUUACAAAUACAAGAUGAUAACACUAUGGAGGCUGGUACGAAUAAAAGAUUACAAAAAAUUACAUUACGGAAUAACGCGAUUAUGUGAAGGAAUUAAAAAAAAAAGUAUACGGGGAAUGAAAAUGGAUCAUUUUGGACGAAGAGAAGUCAGUGAAAAAAAAGAAACAAAAUUACGCUUAAAAGAUAAACUUUCACAGGAUUACACACUUAUAUACAAGUCAACAUUAGACAAUUACGUAUUCUUUUGCUAUCACGCAUCUUACAUUAUUGUAAUUGGAGCUUUAAUUGGAAUAUACUACGUGAUUGUUAAUUCACCAGAGCUUGAAUAUCUAAAACCAGACACCGAACGUGAACUAACCAAACCAAAUCUUACUUUGUAUGAUCAAAAAGAAAUAAUUUUAGGUAACAUAGGAUUGGUAUUUAUGAAUGCGUUACUAUUUUUCCUGUGCCGUCGUCAUGUACUCCGAAUUUGGCACCACGCUAAAGACAACGAGUUUGUUAUCAUACUGCCAACGCUGCUUCCCAAUUCUUCUAGAAAUCUAGUAUUUAAAGCCGGUGAUGUUGUGCAAAAAUAUCCAAGAGCUAGGAAUGAUAUCACUCGUGCGCCGCAUGUGAUUAAUGGUAAAGUUUAUCAUCUAAAUGAUUACAAUUUCCGAACGCCAGCUGACUACAAUAGAGUAUUGGAUUUGUAAAUAAAAAAAUUAUUAAUAAAAAUUAAAUUUUAUUUCUCUUA